GUGAUUAUCUAGAAACUCAUCGAUAUACAUCUAUAUUUCUUUUUUAUUAUUUGAAAUGUAUCAUAGUUGCUUUAAGAAUAAUAAGAAUGGAUGGCUACUUUGGUUUAGUUGAGGCCAAAACUGACUACAAAAAGAAAGAUAGCGUCAAAACGCAUAAAGACUUACUACAGCUCUGUCUAUUUGGAGUGAACGCGCUUGAACAAUACGGUACAAUAUGCAUUCUGCUAAUGCAAGUGAUUGACCCUAGUGUUUAUGCUUAUGGCUGCUUUAAUCGGGUCGAAGGUGCUGUUGUGGUGAUGAAACUGAAGGAGUUUAAACUGCUUAUGUCAAUGAAGGGCCUACCGGGAUAUAUAAUGUGCCUUGACGAACUAAAGAAGGUCGCUCACUUCUACCAGUUUUGAUGUUCUGGAAGAGAAAAGUAUCCUUAGUCACCAAAGUUCCUUCAUUUGAAGAAGUAGCUUCAAGUACACAUACGGUUCAGAUUAGACUUAUUUUUAUGGACAAAAACAAAGGGAGGAAGCAAGAGAGGAGUUCCAAGCUGUAUAAACCUGAAUGAUAUACGAUUAAACAGUCUUUUAUU